GCCUGCGCUCCUCAUCUCCGCUGCCAAAGGAGAAAGAGCCGCGGGGGAAGGUGGCGAGGUUGCGCUCGAGCGCGCCUCUUUCGUUGGUGAGCGGCAGCGCCGCCUUCAGAGCGCAGCGUCUCCUUCGCUUUAGGAAGAGGGAGGGAGGAAGAGAGUGAGCGAGAGAGUGAGAGAAAGGCAGGGACGCAAGAGAGCGAGAAGGGGGCUCCCUCCUCCUGUUGCUGCUGCUAGUGGACUUCUCUCUCUUCUUCCGCCCAUCCCUCCGCCAGCCAGGAUUAGCAACAGCCCCGAGGGCACCCGGAGUUCAGUUUACAACGCGGGCUGGGCUGGGAGCGCCUCCGCGAGGAGAAGGAAUCCGUGCGCCUUCGCCCUCGCCGCCUCGCAUCCCUCCCCAACCUGCUGCCGUCGUUUCUAUUGCUAGAGACGCGCCGGGGCUACUCUCCUCCCUCCUUCUUUCUCUUUCUCUCUCCGUCUCUCUCUCUCUAUCUGUCUUCCCUUCCCGAUCAUGGAUUUAACCCUGAGGUUAAUCAUUCUGUCCUGGCUCUACCUGGAGACUUUAGGGGACUUCGACGGAAGGUGGCCCAGGCAAAUACUUUCCACGACUGGAUUGUGCCGUUUUGGAAGCAGAGUCGACUGCUGCUGGGGCUGGGCUCGUCACUCAUGGGGCCAAUGCCAACCUUUCUACAUCUUAAGGCAGAGAAUAGCCAGGAUAAGGUGCCAGCCCAAAGCUGUAUGUCAGCCUGGAUGUAAACAUGGUGAAUGCGUUGGGCCAAACAAGUGCAAGUGUCAUCAAGGAUACACUGGGAAAACGUGCAAUCAAGCUGACCACCCAUAUGCAACCUCACACGACUGGCCCAGUGAACCACAUUUUUUCAGCCCUCCAGAUCAUCAUGCAACACAUUUCCCGUGGAGGGAUCUCAAUGAGUGUGGUCUGAAACCAAGACCAUGCAAACACCGGUGCAUGAAUACCUAUGGCAGCUACAAGUGUUAUUGUCUCAAUGGAUACAUGCUUAUGCCAGAUGGAUCAUGUUCCAACGCUCUCUCGUGUUCAAUGGCAAACUGUCAGUACGGCUGUGAUGUCGUGAAAGGGGAGGUUCGGUGCCGUUGUCCUUCCCCAGGCUUGCAACUAGCUCCUGAUGGUAGAACUUGCGUAGAUGUGGAUGAAUGUGCCACUGGGAGAGUUACCUGUCCUCGAUUCAGGAAGUGCGUCAAUACUUUUGGAAGCUACAUUUGCAAGUGCCAUAAAGGAUUUGAUUUGAUGUACAUUGGAGGCAAAUACCAGUGCUACGACAUAGAUGAAUGCACACUUGGCCAAUAUCAGUGCGGGAGUUUUUCACAGUGUUACAAUACACAGGGAUCUUACAAAUGCAAAUGCAAAGAAGGAUACAGAGGUGACGGAAUGAACUGCAUAACUAUUCCAAAAGUUAUGAUUGAUCCAUCUGGCCCACAUACCGUAUUUAAGGGAAAUACAACCUUUCCUAAAGGCAGCGGUGGCAUGACAAAUAGGAUACCUGAAACUGGUGGUGAGAGGCAUCCCAUCAAACCACCUAAUGCACCAGCUACAGCAAGGCCUCCUUUUAGGACAACAAUGAGACCCAGCCCAAAGCCAACCACGCGGCCGACACACAAACCAAUUACCAGGUUUGUACCCAAGCCUGCAACCACAAGGCCAGCUCUGAAGCCAGUGACAAGACUCCCACCAGUCACAAGGCCCCCAACACCGCCCCCAACUCCGCCCAAGCCUGUAACGACAAAAACACCACGACUUACAACUAAAGAGCCGUUGCACUUUCCUAGUGAAACUACAGCUCCGCAGGGAUUCACCGUUGACAACAGGAUACCAAUCGAUCCUCAGAAACCACGAGGAGAUGUCUUUAUUCCACGCCAGCCUGGAGUGAGCAAUAAUCUCUUUGAAACAUUUGAAAUUGAAAGAGGGAUUAGUGCCGAUGACGAAGAAGCCAACGAUGAUCCAGGUGUUCUGGUUCACAGCUGUAACUUUGAUGGUGGUCUGUGCGGGUGGAUGAAGGAGAAAGACGAUGAUUUGCACUGGGAGCCUGUGAAAGAUGCCUCAGGACGACAGUAUUUAUCUGUCUCUGAACCCAAAGGAAAAUCGGGGCAAGUUGCACGCUUGGUCCUUCCUCUUGGCCAUUUAGGUCACUUUGGGGAUCUGUGUCUGUCCUUCAGGCAUAAAGUGUCUGGGAUCCAUUCUGGUUUACUUCAAGUCUUUGUGAGAAAGGCAGGGGCUCACGGACCAGCGGUUUGGGGAAGGAAUGGCGGUCAUGGCUGGAGGCAAACACAAAUAAGUCUGCAAGGAUCUGGCAUCAAGAGUGUUAUUUUCAAAGGCGAGAAAGGAAAAGGAAGAACUGGGGAAAUUGGAUUGGAUGAUGUGAGCUUGAGGAAAGGCCUGUGUUCUCAAGACCAUUAGUGGCAAUAGACAAACUGGUAAAGAGAACAUACUUCCAUUGCCCAUGGCUUUCAGCCAAGAGAGGUGGCGGACUGACAAUUGGUUCUCCCUUGCCUUUAUGAAAUCCCAGUGAACCUACAUCUAAAAACAAACAAACAAACAAACAAACAAAACCUUUCCAUAAAGGACAAAGUAAGCUCAAGCCAAUGUUGGGGAUUUUCAUCCAGCUCACGUUUGCAUAUGUGAUAAAGGCCUCCUAAAUUCCGAAUUAAGGCUAUGAAUAUCCUCCAUGAAGAAGAACCAACUGUUGCUAGGAUUCAUCAAAAGGAGACUUCAGUACACACAGCAAUUGCAUUAAUAGACUUGUGGGCGUUUCUCCAUUUUGCUGUGGGACUGGUUCAGCUUCAUAAAUCGAAAAUAACUCAGGAUAGACCUGAGCUGCUGUUCUACUGCCAUCAACUUUUAAAGGAAAGAGAGAGUGUGUAUGUGUAUAUAUUUAUAUAUAAAAUAGCAUUUAUUCUUUAGUUGUAUCUUAAUAACAAGAGACAGUUAUUAUAGAGUAGGCACUGCAUCCCUUAAUAUUCGUAGUGCUGUGUUAUGUAUAAAUGUGUAUGGAUAUUAAUGUAUUUAUAUGUGUUGUGUAUUUGCGGGAUCUGUUUGUAAGAUUAAGUGGCAGCUGUGCACAUUCAAGUUAGAUUAGAACACAGAAACCCACAAUGAUAGUCAUGCAGUAAGUAUUUACGACACAGUUUGCCACGUGCGGAUAGCUCCACGCUGUCCUUUCGCCUAGCAAAAUUGCAGACAAUUUUAUAGGGUCGCAAUGAACUUCACUUAUAAGUAAAUGUAAUGAUGAGUUGGGUGCUAGACUCAUUGCAACAGUAUUGAGUUACUCAAAUCAAUUGUCUAUGUUGGAAGGAAAUACACUCAUAACUGGUAGCAACAGCAUUGAAAGGUGCUCUUGUGAAUUUAAUAGUCACGUGGCCAGGGGAUAUUUGGUCAGGUGCUAAUGUCAUUUCUCAGCAGCUAUUAAAAGCCAAAAGAGCUCUCUUUGGGUCAGGAAUUGGCCAUCUUGAGCAAAAGACUAUAGCAGCAGGCAGACUGGUUUCCAGCUAUUGACUGGUCUACCAUACGUUGCCCAGGGCAGCUUAAAAGGAAAAUAUAAAUGCAAUAGUAAACACAACAGAAUGAUAAUAAAACAAACCUCCAGUCAAAGAGAGAUUCAAGUGGCUUAAGAGAGUUAAAUAUUGCAAAGAUGAAGAAACCUGGGGAGGGGUUUUUCAUAUGGCAUCACAAUAACGAUAGCAGCAUGAGCAAGCGAGAUUUCCCCCAGAGGCCAUUCCACAGGCAGGUCACCACCACCAAAAAGUCUCCCUCCCUGCCUGCCACUCACUUCACUCCAGAUCACAGGGGCACUUGGAGAAGAGCUGCAGAUCUAAGUCUCGGUGUAUGGGCAGAUGGAUUACGGGUGCAGACAGUCCAACAGGUGCAAGAUGCAGAGAACAAGUUUGAUGUCCCUGCCUUUAAAGUCUUUACUCUUAAGGGCCUGUAUGCCCUUAGUACGCAAGGAUUUGUGCAUUUAAAGAAUGCUUAGGUAGCUCAGUCAUUGGUACAGCUAAGUACCAUCCUGGCAGCGAACAAUGCCACUGACAUGAAAGAAGCAUACUGUACUGCCAUCAGCAGUAUACACAGAUACCAGGAUCUUUUCAAUUUACUCCAAGGUUAAUCCCAGCCUCCUGGAGUCACCACGCAGCUUUUUGGACUUGAGCCAUUUAUAGAAGUAAUAAUGUCAUUAGAUUUGGGCCAGAAUAGGCAGUUGAUUUUUUUAAAAAUCAGUUAAAGUUGCAAUUUUAAAGGUGUGCACAAGGGAGUUUUAAACUGCUGCUGUUUAAACAGGCAAGCUGUUUUUAAAGUUUUGAAUGCAGCUUGAUUGUUCAGCCAGACAACCUGUUGCAGCAUUCCUGCUGUGAGCAAGACCCUGUCCCUCACCUGCACACAUAACUUGGUAAGGUUUCCGUCUAAGUAAGUUUUGGAAUCAUUGAAUGCACACUGUUUGGUUUUCUCUGGUUGGAUUGGUGUGUCAAAUGGGGUUUAAACAACCAAUAUUUUCAGAGUUUUCUUUCCUCAGACCAAAUGCCAUCCUUUUGUUUUAUAUAUAUAUAUAUAUAUAUAUUUAAAAAAGAAGGAACAGCUGUGUUUGAAUCUUGUACUAUUAUAGAGAAACUAUCUUGAAAUGUAAAAUGCAGAUGAAGGGUAAUGGGCAGAAUCUUGCAAAUUCAUCAUGUCAAAUAUCAGAGAAAAGGCAUGGAAUGUGACUGUUUUAUUGGUGCAUUAAUGCAAUCUAUUUAAGCUCCAUUGGUUUCAGUGGGAUUUACUUGGCCAUGAUUAAUGUUUGCUGAAUUUAGCCCAGAUUAGACCCAACUGCUUUUUGUUUCUAUUUAAGCCAGUAACAUGCAAGGUGAUACUAAAUGUCUCUUUUGCUGAAAGACAGAGUAUAUUCCAGUACAGUGGUACCUCGGUUUAUGAACACAAUUGGUUCCGGAAGUCUGUUCAUAAACUGAAGCGUUCAUAAACUGAAGCGAACUUUCCCAUUGAAAGUAAUGGAAAGUGGAUUAAUCCGUUCCAGACGGUCCGCGGAGUAACCGUUCAUAAACUGAAGCGAACUUUUCCAUUGAAAGUAAUGGAAAGUGGAUUAAUCUGUUCCAGACGGGUCCGCGAAGUACUUAAACUGAAGCGUUCAUAAACUGAAACAUGGGUGUAAUUGGUUCCGGAAGUCUGUUCAUAAACUGAAGCGUUCAUAAACUGAAGCAAACUUUCCCAUUAAAAGUAAUGGAAAGUGAAUUAAUCCGUUCCAGAUGGGUCCGCGGUGUUCAUAAACCGAAAAUUCAUAAACCGAGGUGUUCAUAAACCAAGGUUCCACUGUACAGCCUUUUAGUGGCACAUAGCUUGCCAUCGGCCCAGCGGCGGAGGAAGCCACUUGGAUGCCUGGGGUGGCGCACCCAGGGGCGGGGCAGGAGAAACGCGUGGCUCGGGCGCGCUGCAGACCCUGCAGUGAGUGCCGCCCAGCAUUUUGUCACCCCCCCCUCAGUGGUGACACCUGGGGUGGCCCACACCCACCACACACCCCUCCCUCUGCAUCUGCCACAAUCUAGAACCCUGAGACUUUUGGCUUUUCUCCCAUUGUACAGCAUCCUCUCACACUGCACUGCAAGCGGAUUUUGAAGCUAUCCCAAGUUCCCAAAAAUGUUUGGUUUGACAGAGCCGGGGGGGGGGGGCGGGCUGCUCAACCAGUAGAUAGAGCAAGGCAGUUGCCUCAGGCAGCAGAUGCUGGGGGGGGGCAGGAAGAUCUUUAUGACAGUGGAAGCUGUUCGAAAGUUGAACAGUCUCCCUCAGGAACUGGAGGACUCGGCGCCUUCGGAGGUUUUUAAGCAGAGGUUGGAUGGCUGUCUGUCAUGGAUGCUUUAGCAGGCUGUUGGACUAGAAGACCCUCGGGGUCCCUUCCUACUCUAUAAUUCUAUGAUGACCACAUGGCCUGCCCUGCACUCCUAAACUAGCCCACUGCUAGAAAUACACUAUCCCAACCAUCAGUGUUGGAGCAAAAUUCAGUUGCCGAUUUGGUUAGCUUCUGUAUCCAAGAGUCUCCCCCCCCCCAGGAGCAGGAAGAGAGGAUGAAAUCCAAAAGCUUAUCAAGUGUUUUUUCUAGACUGUGGCCAAACGUUUCCAUAUUAUUCAUGGAUUUUCGUGAUAUACUGGCAGUAUUAAAGUGUGUAUUUAUCAUGGGCCUGAAUCAUGUUGUACGAUAGGAGAGCAAGUGUAUUAUCUUAACAACUUUACUUGGUUCAAAUUAGAUUUGUGUAUUUGUGUGUGUGUACAGUUUUUCAUGAUAGUACCUUACAGGGCCUGGAGCUCCAAUGCAACCACCAAAAAGCGCAUCCCAAUUCAGUUUAAUGGAGGAACUCUGCACUUACAGAGACGCCCUAUCCAUUGAAGUGAAUGGGAUGCCUGCUCACAUAGGAGACUUUCUGCGUGUCAGAGUAGGCAGGAUAUUCAACAUUGACGACUUGGUAUUUUAACCUUGAUACAGCUCACCCAACAUAUUGUGCUUUGCUUUUUGCAAUGGGCAAAAGCUGCUGAGUGUCUCCCGUAAAGAGAAAAGUCCCUGACAAAGACAAGGCUUGCUGCUUCCAAUAGCUACAAAUUGGCAUCACUUUAUCCGGCUUUCAAUAAGGGUGGUUUUUCAAAUCGCCAAUCGGGAAAGUAGAUGCAUGAAUUGCUUUCACAUCUGCUUACCGUGUUGCUGGGGUAAUAACUACAGGGGGAAGUCUUAUAUCUCUUUUUGUGGUGACAUGCAUGGGCACCAGAUGUAAUGAAAGCUCAUGUACUCUUGGCUGGAUGAGUGAGUGACUUCCGCUUACACUGUUAAAGCGCAAGUUGCAUGCACAUCUUCAGUGGAAUAUAGGAAGCUGUCUAAUACUGAGGCACACCAUUGGUUCAUGUAGUCUGCAUUCACUGACAGUGGUUCUCCAGGGUUUUGAAUACAUGUUUUUUCCAUCCCUAUCUGGAGAUGCCGGGGAUUGAACCUGGUGACUUCUGCAUGCAGAGCAUUGGGGCUACCACUGAGCCACAGCCGCUCUGCAGUGCAGCAUCUCAAGAAAGCCUCUGUUAACUUGUCGAAAGUUCUUCUAUCUCAAAAUACAUUUUUUCUGUAAUUUUCAAUGGCAGCUUUAUUGAUCUUACCUUUCCCCAACUAUUCAGCUUAGUCUGAUCUAACAAACAUAAAUGCUGAUUUUUGUGUGUGUGCUAUUCCCUUCUUUCUUUUUGGCUGAUCUUCCUGUUUUCAUGCUAUAUAGAACAGCUCUAGUUACGUUCCACAGGGCGUUUUAUGGAGAUAUGGUUCUUAUAAACAAGCACAAAAAAAUCUAUACUACAGAUCUCACUAUCGUGACAAGCAAUACACACAGUAUUUUACACACAAUGAUUUGGGUCCAGCUGUAUAUAUGGGGAAAGAAGGUUUGCACAAGAGCAGAUAAGGGGUGAAUUAUCAUUGCAAUACAGUAACGAUGUCAAUGUGUGUCCAAACAAUAAAAUGUACCCAAAGAUGUUGAUCUGGAUCAAGACAUCUGCAUUUGAUAUGCCUAUGUAGCAAGCUUUCUGUACACACAGAUCUCUCUUGCUCAACUUGGGCAUUAAAAUGUACCUAAAGUCCAAUAUCAUUCAUAUAUAUAACUUUCUUCCAUUCAGUGACUUCUUCCCUCUCUGACAACAGUUAUUUUAUUUUAUUUUUUUAAAAAAUAUUUUUGGUGCCAACAAACCUGUAUUGCACAAAGUUCAAGUGGAACACUUUUAUCAACUGUACUGUAGGACAUCUUAAUAAUUUAAUAUGGUUUUAAAGAAAUGGAUAAUUUUCCAAAACAGACUCAAAAUAAAGACAUCUUUGUAAAUUCA